CUACGUCCACGUCCCAGCCAGGACCAUGCCGAAGGAGGCGUGUUCCCUACCUUCAUUCCCACUACCUGAGCUGUCUCACCUGGCUGCAAAAAUGUCGUGGUUAUGAAAAUAGUUGAAAAUCCAAUCACAUUUUUAGUUCUACUCACUAAUCCUCAUCGAAAUGCAAAAGCCAGUAAAGGAUUCCCCAGUCCAUCCGGGAUUUUACAGAACUGAAGUUCAGAAAACUACCUGGGACGUCCCGGAGCGAUAUGAGGCUCUCAAACCGAUCGGCUCUGGCGCUUACGGGACAGUUUGCUCUGCCCUAGACAAACAGACCAAGGAGAAGGUGGCCAUUAAGAAGCUGUAUCGACCUUUCCAAUCACUUAUCCACACCAAAAGAGCCUACAGGGAACUCCGACUGCUGCGCCACAUAGAGAACGACAAUGUGAUCUCCCUCCUCAACGUCUUCACCCCUGAUUCCUCGCUGGAGAAAUUCCAGACCUUUUACAUGGUAAUGCCCCUAGUGGCUCAGGACCUUGGCCACAUCAUGAAGAAGAGGCGGCUGGCGGAUCGCAUUGUAAUCUACCUGUUCUACCAGCUGCUACGGGGGCUCAAGUAUAUCCAUUCCGCAGGGAUCAUCCAUCGGGAUCUGAAGCCUAAUAAUCUUGCAGUAAAUGAAAAUUGUGAAUUAAAGAUCCUAGACUUUGGCUUGGCCAGACACCAAGAGAGUGAGAUGACCGGUUAUGUUGUGACUCGCUGGUACCGGGCACCUGAGAUCAUCUUCAACUGGAUGCACUACAGCCAAUCUGUUGAUGUGUGGUCAGCAGCCUGCAUUCUGGCAGAGAUGAUUACGGGGAAAGUUGUCUUCCCAGGUCAUGACAGUAUUGACCAGCUAAAGAAGAUCAUGUCGCUGACAGGGACCCCUGCGUCCGCUCUGGUGCAGAAGAUGCAGAGCGCAGAUGCGCAGUCAUAUGUGCAAGGUCUGCCCCUUCAGAAGAAGAAAGUUUUCAGUGAAGUUUUUCCAUCCAUGGAUAAAAAGGCUGUGGACCUGCUGGAGGCGAUGCUGCUGCUGGACCCGGAGAGCAGGCUGACGGCCGCCCAGGGCCUGUCUCACCCCUACCUGGCCGAGUUCCACGACCCGGAGAGCGAGCCCGGCUCCCAGGCCUACGACGACUCCUUCGAGAGCCUGGAGCUUGACAUCGGGGAGUGGAAGAGUCUCAUUCACAUGGAGAUUAUGACCUUCGAUCCUGUCAACCCCAGAAACACAGCGAUGUGAGACGCCAGCUCCGACGAAUCCAUGAUGAAGUGCCGCCCUCUACUGUCCGAAUACAAUAACAUCAUAUAGGCCCGUUACUGUCUGAAUACAAUAACAUUAUUGACCAAUUCCGGUGGCAGCAUACUUUAGAUUUUAAAUAUAUUUUAUUUCAAUGAAAUCUGAAUGAUGUAAUAGACAAUAGAACAGUCAAAGUACUCAAAGUAAAUAUAUAAAACAAAUAUUGUGAUUAAUAAAUACGUUUUUUCAUAUCAAAAUUGCGAUCGUAUUUUGUUUAAUAAAGUUGUUGAGAACUGUGAUUUUCUGGUCGCAAAGAAAACGGGAGCUCGGAAAGUUUUGCAGUACCCCCUAUGGGCCCUAGUGAUUCACUAAGGGGGCUUGAGGUACCUUGAAACAGAUCGUUUUGGAGCAUAAUAAAACAGGAGUUAUGAAGAAUGAAUAGGAACACAGCAGACAUGUAGGUCGUUCUAGAUGGACCUACAUGUCUGGUCCUUCUCGAUGUCUAGAUGUCAAUGUA